CUAAUGAGCAGCAAAAGCUAAAUCCCGAACAAAACAUUGAGCGCGGAAACAAACUCGUGCAGAUUUUUAUUACUAUUAUUAUUAUUAUUAUUAUUUUAAUAACGCGUUUUUUCUCACCUUGUGAUCAUUUUUUAUUGAAAAUAUAUAUUUAGUCAUCAGUGUUUGUAGUUUCUGGAAGCUUUAAAAGGUCUAAUGGUGCCCGAGUUUAGGUUUUGGGCCCGCACGAGGACGAAAUGAUGGAAAGCUAGCAUUGUUAGCUAGCUCUUUGCUCCUGCUGCUUUUAUACCGAGCUCGCGCCUUAGUCUGAAUAACAAAUAAAUAAGUAAUAAUAAUAAUAAUAAUAGAUAAAAAUGUCGGGGUUUACUUUUGGAACAAGUACCCUGGGUUCCACUAACCCUGGAGGGGGCUUUUCUUUUGGAGCAGCGGGAAGCACCCCAGCUGCAGGAACCGGUGGCUUCAGCUUCGGAGGUCUGGGUGCAGCGACCUCCAGCACCAGCGCCACAACCACCACUACCACCUCAUCUCUGGGCCUGGGUGGCGGACUCUUCGCCCAGAAACCAGCAACUGGCUUCUCCUUUAACACACCUGCCUCAGGAGCUGCUGCGCCAGCCGCUGGCCUCACCUUAGGAACUCCCGCUGCCACUUCUGCUCCCGCCGCCGCCGCCGCCGCCGCCUCCACCACAGGUUUCGGUUUUGGUUUCGGAAAACCGGCGGCUUCGGCGAGUCCGUUUUCUCUCAGCACCACCAGCACCACCACGGCCCCGGCAGCUACCGGUCUGACCCUGGGAUCCGUCAUCACCUCAUCAGCACCUCAGACUGGAUCGUCUGCAGGGUUCUCACUCAACCUGGGAGGAGGAGCCGCGUCCUCUGCUCCGGCCACCGGGCUCAGCCUCGGCUCCUCGCUCUUCUCCAGCUCGGGCUCAGCAGCUCUCGGUCAGUCCACUCUGGGCGGAGGUCUGACUUUAGGAGGCUUACUCGCGUCCUCCACGGCGGCUCCGGCUCCCGUCGCCCCGGCGGCCAGCGUGGGUUUGGGCGGAGUGGACUUCAGCACAUCGUCAGAGAAGAAGAGUGACAAAUUAUCUGGAGUUCGACCCGAAGACAGUAAAGCGCUGAAGGAUGAAAACCUGCCUGCUCCUAUCUGCCAGGAUGUGGACAACUUCCAGAAGUUUGUUAAGGAGCAGAAGCAGGUUCAGGAGGAGAUCAGUCGAAUGUCCUCUAAAGCCAUGCUGAAGGUUCAGGACGACAUCAAGAGCCUGAAGCAGCUGCUGUCGGUCAGCGCCAGCGGCCUGCAGAGGAACGCUCUCUCUAUAGACAAGCUGAAGAUGGAGACGGCGCAGGAGCUGAAGAACGCCGACAUCGCUCUCAGGACCCAGAAAACUCCUCCUGGACUUCAGCAUGAGAACACGGCACCCUCCGAUUAUUUUCGGGCUCUGGUGGAGCAGUUUGAGGUGCAGUUACAGCAGUACCGUCAGCAGAUCGAGGAACUGGAGAACCAUCUGACCACACAGAGCAGCGGAUCUCACAUCACACCUCAAGAUCUGUCUCUGGCCAUGCAGAAGCUCUACCAGACGUUCGUGGCUCUGGCUGCACAGCUGCAAGUGGUUCAUGAGAAUGUAAAGACGUUGAAGCACCAGUACCUGAACUACAGAAGAGCUUUCCUGGACGACUCGACGGACGUGUUCGAGUCGAAGCGAAGUGCCAGCCGGAAACUGCAGAGCGCCCCGAGAGUCACCACCGGCCCCACGCCCUUCGGCUCCGUCCCCAACGCCGCCGCCGUUGCCAUGGCUGCCACACUCACUCAGCAACAGCAGCCCGCUCCAGGAUCUCAGGCGGGUUUUGGCACUCCCUUUGCCUCGGGCAUGGGCACUAGUAUGGGCUCCAGCAGCCUCGGAGCUUUCGGUAGCGGCCCGGCGUUCGGCGCCUCGGCGGCAGCAGGCUCGGCGUUCGGUUUUUCUGCUAAUAAGCCGUCUGGAGGGAGCUUAAGCGCAGGGUUUGGAAGCUCCAGCACCUCUGGCUUUAAUUUCAGUAACCCGGGAAUCAACGCCUCGGCCGGUCUGACCUUCGGAGUGUCCACGACACCGAGCGCGGGCUUCGGCACCGGAGUCCUGCAGCUAAAAAAACCUCCAGCGGGCAACAAGAGAGGCAAAAGAUAGAAGAGAAAAGACGAGCAAGGCAAAUGAUGGAUAAAGGGAAAUGAAAGAGUUUCAGGUCACAGGGCGUGGAGAUUAGUGACAGGUAUUUGUGAUGGAUACGCUUAAGGACAAGGAUAUGUUCUGUGUGUGUGUGUGUGUGUGUGUGUGUGUGUGUGUGUGUAACUACACAAGCAUUCAUCAGUGACACUCAUCUAAUGUUUGAGAUUUAAUCAUUUAAAACAGCACUGACGUGACAGGUUGUAGUCUUGUAGAGGUUUUGAGAAUGUCUGCAAAUUUUCUUUUUUCUUCAUGCUCUGUUUUGGUGUCCAGCAUGUCCUCGCUCUGUCCAUCACUCCAAAACGUCCUCUUUCCUCUCUCAGUAUCUGCUAAUAAAUGGGUAUGUUCAGUAUUUGUGGCCCUGAUUUUUCUUGUCUUGCUGUUUUUGGUUUGUUUUUGUUUUUUGUUCAUUUGGUAAUUUCCAAACUGUUUUUUCAAGACUUAUUGUGAAAACUUUAAUAAAAAGCUUUAUUAAUAAAAAAAGAUA